UAGUAGGUUGCCCUUGGCAACGUUAGGUUUUCCGUUUUAUUUUAUCAAUAGACUUGUUAGAAAACCCAAACGCAAUACAAGCACACCCACACACAAAAUGCCUUUACUGGAGGCACCAACGGAGUAUCUGGAAACCUCUCCAGAUCAUUCCCUGCAGGCUGAAUUGCCCAUCUUGCUGGCUGCCCCAGGGCCAGCGGCUUUAGCCCAAUUGCGUAUACCGCCAGCCGAAGUGCGUUUGAAUAACUUGCACCAACAGCAGCAGCACCACCAACAUCAACCAUUGGCAGCAGUUGCAGCACAGCUGCAACAAACGCCACAACGGAAUAAUCGUCGCUUGAUUUUGGGACGUAGAAAUUCAUUCGAUCGUGAUGUACCCAUUGUGGAGGAAACUCAACAUUUUCCAGCCUUUGUGCAUCUAUUGCCAGUUGUGUUGCCCACACAGGCGCCAGAACCUACGCUCGAUGAGCUGCUGCGUCGCGUUACCCAACGCACUGACUUGGAUCAAGUGGAGACAGUGCGUCUUCGUGUGAUUUCCUAUACCAUAAGUCUAUCGCGGCUAUCCCUGUUCAUGCCGCGUCUACAGCAUUUGGAUUUAAGUGGUAGUGUCCUGAGUUCAUUACGUGAUCUGGGCUAUGGUUUGUUGCAACUCAAGCACCUGAAUAUCAGCAAUUGUGGCUUGAAUAGUUUCGAUGGCACAAGCGGUUUGCCAGGUCUAAGAGUUCUAAUUGCCGAUGGCAAUAUGAUACAGCGAGUGGGUCCCUUGGCUGAAUUGUCCGAAUUGCAAGUGCUGAAGGCCUGCCACAAUCGCAUCAGUGAACUUGGUUUGCUCUCCUUUUUGGGCCUAUGCCCUCAGCUGAGAGAAGUGGAGCUUUUGGGUAAUCCUGUUUGUCGCUUGCCACUCUAUCGAGCCACUUUGAGACGCAGUGUGCCUUCCCUACAGCUGCUUGAUGGGCAAUCUUUUAAUGUGACCCAAGCUAAUGAGCAGCCCGCAGCAGAGCACUCAAUUUCCUCUCCUUCCAAUGAGGAAGCACAAUCUUCACUUUCGAGUGAGGCUUCUUCCAGCAGUGAAUCGAUUGCCACACGACCUGCAACAGCCCCACAAAAUCAUAAUAACAAUUACCCCUUAUUGGACACACCGUUGAGACCAACAUCCGCUUUGGUGUCCCUUAAUGUUGGUCAUCGUCAGCAGCAAUUGUCUGCUAUAAACUCAACACCGGUGGCUGGUUCGGUUUUGGGCUUGGUGCGUCAACGACGCCGACGCAGUGGUCAUGCCUGGGUUAGCUCCUCCUCAAGUGGUUCCUCAUCGAAUGCCUCGUCGGUUAUGUCAACGCGGGCUCCCUCAAUGAGCUCUUGCUCUUCCAAUAGCAGCCUCGAUUUGCACUCAACUAAUUAUAGUUUUAAUCCACGCACAACAUUGGAUUAGUUCGAAACCAAGGAAAGAUUACAAAUAAAUAUACUAAAAAAUGGCAUAGC